AUGCCAUCAGAAAUUGGUUGGAAUCAACCAGAAAUCAUCUGCCUUGUGCCGCUGGGAGAUCUAACAUUCUCUGAUUUACUACCAUCAGAAAUUCCUCUGAAGACUUACAAUGAUCCUCUGCAAUGUAUUUCGUACAUGACAACGACCAAAUGUAGAAAUAUUUAUUUAAUCAUAUUGGAUACAAUAGACGAAACUAUUCUAAAACUAUUACAUAAACUCAGACAAGUUGUAUCGCUUUAUUUACUUCAAACCGGAAUAAAAGAGAUUGAACUAACAAAAUAUUAUGCUAAAUUGUCAAGAAUAUUUCAUGAUAAACGAGACCUUUGUAAUAAGUUAUUAAACGAUAUUAAUAUACUUUCGGCAUGUACAACAACAUUGGCAAGCAAAUAUCCACCGGAGUUAUUAAAAUACUCUACAACCUCUACAACAAUAUUAUUCAUUAGAUCCAAAAAUUUUGAGCAAUUAUCAUUAAAUAAGUUAAAUAACGAACAAGCUAAAUUCAUUUGGUUUCAAUUUUUAACACGAGCAAUACGGCGUUUACGAGAACAAACAAAUAAUAAAUAUGAAAAAAUGUUAGCGACGUGUCGAAUACAAUUUGAAAGUGAUACUCAACAAUUAGAUGCGAUUAAUGACUUUAAAAGUGAUUACACAUCUUCCACCAGGCAUGGGCGAGUCCGAGUCCGGACUGGAAGAUUUUUUGGCGGACUCGGACUUGGACUCGGACUGGAGAUUUUUUUAAAGGACUCGGACUCGGACUUGAGUUUUUGUAUUUCGAAGCCCGAUC